AUGGCUGCUCCAAGAGCCUGGUAUAGCAGAAUUGAUGAAUACCUGUUGAAAUUAGACUUUGUCAAAAGUCCUAGUGAGUCCACGUUAUAUAUCAAAGGCGAUGGAAAUCAUUUUCUGGUGGUUUCUUUAUAUGUUGAUGAUGUUUUAGUGACUGGCAACAGCAUUGAGCUUAUUAAACAGUUCAAAGAAGAUAUGAUGAGAGUCUUUGAGAUGACUGAUCUUGGAGAAAUGUCAUAUUUUCUGGUAAUGGAAAUCAAGCAGAGACGAAAUGAAAUCUUCAUUUGUCAACAGAAGUAUGCAAAAGAGAUUCUAAAGAAAUUUAACAUGGAUGAUUAUAAGAGUGUGAUCACUCCUAUGUGUCCAAAAGAGAAGUUAUGUAGAGAUGAUGGAACAGCUAAGGUGAAUGAGUCCAUGUAUAAAAGCUUGAUUGGUUGCUUGAUGUAUCUUACGACAACAAGAUCGGAUAUCAUGUAUGUUGUAAGUGUUCUUUCAAGAUUUAUGAAUUGUGCUAGUGAGUCUCAUUUCAAGGUUGCAAAAAGAGUUCUCCGUUAUGUGAAGGGAACUUUAAGCUUUGGUGUUUAG